UCUGUUGCUUAUACUCUCUGGCCCUUCAUAAUAUUUUAAUAUGUAAUAUAAUAAUAUAGUAAUAUGUCUACAGUGCAUUUGGUGGUGUGAGCAGUACAGAGCAGAUUAAAAUGUAACUCAGGAUUGAAUUUACAGGCAAAUUAUUUUUUAUUUGAUCUUUCAUUAUGCUUCUAAACAGGGUUGGGAUUAACCACUGUCUCUAGGCUAUGUGAGUAUAGCUCCCUGCAAGAAACUAGAACUAUAUAUGGUAGAUAACUGUUACAUUACUUUUCAGAAGUGAGCCUUCUUUCUUUCUUUUUGAUAUGGACUCACCUGGUAUUCCUGGAAUUGGAAGUUCCCUUGCCUCCACUUCCCAGUUGCUGAAGUUACAAGCAUGUGCUGCCUUGCCCAGGGAGAGCCAUUUUUACACCUUUCUAGUACCCGAGUGGCCUUAGACCAUCUGGAAUCUGUGCCUGAGAAACUGAGCCUGCUGGAAGAUUUCAAAGACUUCAGAGGUUCCUCCAGUUUAUCUGAGAAAACUGAUGGCAGAUACUCUAAAUACAGAAUUCACAGAGAUUCUCUUCAACAGCGCCGAGAUGACACCAAAUACAGAAUCAAGAGCUUUAAAGACGACAGACCCUUUCCUGAAGGUUCCCACACUCAUGGCCUAGAUCACUCAUCCUCUUGGCAAGAUCGCAGUUUCUUCCUGUCGAGUCCACGGUAUUCACACUUCAACUCCUUGCCAGCAUUUACCAAAAGAACCAUUGCCCCAGAUCCAGCUUCAAUCAAGGAAGAUGCCACAAGUUUACCAGUGAAUGGAACAAAUCCACAGUCCAAGAAGGAGGAAUAUGAGAGCAAAAAAUACAAAAUAUAAUUCACAACUGGUUCUUUUUGCCCUUUCGCUCAGAUUAUCUAAAGACAUCAUGUGGCUUUGGCUCCCUGGAACUGCCAAGCAUUGGCUAUCAUGACUUUACAGUCAGUCUUUGUGAGUGAGAGUAUGUUUAGCCAGUGGAAGUAAUAUCACCUUAUGAACGAUACACAGCUCACUUAGAGGCAACUCAUACAGGCAGAGAAAGCGAUCAUUUUUGCUUUGUACCCAGUGUCACACUUUUCCAACCCAACCUUGAAUUUAUAAUUGAUGCCUUUCAAAAAUGACUGGCUGGAAGGAGGGGGAAAAAAUGAGUCCCCUCCAGGCAAAGGUUUAGAGUCGGGAGCAUUUGGACACCAUUGAUUUUUAAAUACUUUCUCCCUCAUCAAUUCUCAUGUGUUGUAACAUGGCAUGGAGAUGCCUAUGUAAUACUAGACUGCCCUUUAAAUGCUUAUCACCGCUCAUCUGUUAUCUCAGCAGUCUAUUACUACAUGUAGUAUCUUAAAACUAUUCCAAUGAUCAUUUUUAAUUGCAAAAGAAUUUAUAAAUGAUAGCUGAAUCGUAGAUCACUGUAAAGAAUUCACAGCACCAUUUAUUUAUUUGUCUUGUGGCCAAUGUCCCACUGUGAUCACCGCAGUCAUACCCUGGAUGAUCUUUGGUGUGCUCUGACUCGAAUCCCAACGCUGCUCCCCUAUGACAGUGGGGUUCACUCUGCAAGAGUCCCUGUAUACUUUGGUACUACCUGACUGCUUUUUACAUCCCAGCAUUUUCAACAUCCAAGUGUUUGUAAAACCUUACUGCCUUUCCAUGUUCAUCUACCAGUGAAGAAAAUUUUAUAUUCAAAUGCUAAAGAAUGGUCAUCAUCCAGGAAGUGAGUCCCACUGGGCCAUGGAGGAAAGCCUCUGCACAGAUACAGGAACAAUAAAGCAAUCCUUUGUAAUGUA